CCUAGGCACCUUCGCAUAUAAAAACGUAACGCCUCCUUCUCGGUAGUCUUCUCACUGGCUAGAGGGAGAGUGAAGAGCAACACCGUCCAACAAUGUCGAAGCGAGGACGUGGAGGUUCCGCUGGGAACAAGUUCAGGAUGUCGUUGGGUUUACCGGUGGCGGCAACUAUUAACUGUGCCGAUAACACUGGUGCAAAGAACCUUUACAUCAUUUCAGUGAAGGGUAUCAAGGGAAGGCUUAACAGGUUGCCUUCAGCUUGUGUUGGUGACAUGGUUAUGGCCACUGUGAAGAAGGGUAAGCCUGAUCUUAGGAAGAAGGUUAUGCCUGCUGUCGUUGUUCGUCAGCGCAAGCCGUGGCGCCGAAAGGAUGGUGUUUUCAUGUACUUUGAAGAUAAUGCUGGCGUAAUUGUGAAUCCCAAGGGUGAAAUGAAGGGAUCUGCCAUUACUGGUCCCAUUGGGAAAGAGUGUGCUGAUCUUUGGCCAAGGAUUGCAAGUGCUGCCAAUGCUAUCGUUUAGUUUGAGAAUUGUGUUUUCCAAUAGUUUAUUUGAGUUUUUGAAUAUCAGGGAGUUCUUUUCUUGGUAAGAAUUAGUGCAACUGGCUAUGAGAAUUUUGCUGUACUCCAAAAGUUUUCAUCUAUGUAGGACAUUACUGUUUCCUUUUCUUGUUGAUGUGUUUGUUACGAGUAAAAGAAAAUAUGUUGAACUAA